CAUGUGACAGCGCUGCCCGCCCCUGACGGGCCCAGCCGCGGCCGUGAUUGACGCCACCACAGAGCCGAGCCCGGGCCCGCCGCGCCGGCCAGCGCCCGUGACGGAUAGCGGCACUGUCGUUUUCGGCCGCUGUUCUGCCCGCAAAAGCCGAAGGGUUGAUAAGUUUUCAACGCGCCCGAUUUUGGUGAAGUUUCCUGAGAAGGUCGUGUCAGCUUGUUUGUGCUGCUGAAAUAAUGUAGCGGAAAUGAUAGCCGAGCCCAACGCAGCCAGCAACCUUCCCAGUCAAAAAGAGAAUGCUGUCCAUGAUGAGACUGUGCCUGAGUCUGCUGCGCAGAAUGGCAGCUGUGUGAGAAAUGGCAACCUGAAAACACCAAGAGAGAAGCGGAAGGUCCGAGAACAGUGUGAAAACAUAAGGAGAAAUUCUACCAGUGGCAGAAGAGUGAGCCAGCUGCAGAGUGGCGAAGUGGUUGAGGCAGUUACCUUGUUUGAAGUGGUUAGCAUGGGGAAGCAGGCCAUGCAGUCUGUAGUAGUUGACUGGGUUGAAGCUUAUAAACAAGACAGGGAUGUGGCACUUCUAGAUCUCAUCAACUUCUUCAUUCAGUGCUCAGGCUGUCAAGGCAUCGUAACAGCAGAGAUGUUUCAAAGUUUGCACAAGAAGGAUGUAAUGCGAAAAAUGACAGAGACCUUUGAUAAGGAAACCGGGUUGCAGUACAAGAAAUUCAUGGCCUAUCCUUGGAUCCUGACAGUKAUUUGGCCGGUGGACAUGGACAGUGAAGACUACCCGCUGAUCAGAACAGGACCCUAUUGGAAGAAGUUCAAGGCAAAUUUCUGUGAAUUCAUUUCAGUACUUGUCCAGCAAUGCCAGUGCAGCAUCCUGUAUGAUGACUACUUGAUGAACACCAUCAUCUCCCUGCUUACAGGCUUAGCAGAUUCCAUGGUCAGAGCGUUCAGACACACAAGCACUUUGGCAGCAAUGAAACUUCUGACAGCAGUUUUAAGUGUCCGUCUGAACCUUGAUGUCAACAAGCACAAUGCUCAAAGAUUGUAUGAGGUGGAGAAGCAGAGAUUAAGUGGCAAGAGGACCAGCUACAGACUUGAUCAGCUAGAGARAAAAAGGAAAGAGUAUGAGCAUAAACUUGUAGAGAUACAGAACAUGAUGAAYGCUAUUUUCAAGGGGACAUUUGUAAACCGUUACCGUGAUGUUAUCCCUGAGAUCAGAGCAACUUGCAUGGAAGAAAUUUGCAGCUGGAUUAAGACUUACCCAGAUGCUUUUUUGAAUGAUAGCUACUUAAAAUAUAUUGGGUGGAUGCURAAUGAUAAGCAAGCUGAAGUGCGGUUGAAGUGUCUUCUGGGACUGCAGGGAAUUUAUAGCAGAAAAGAACUUGUUUCCAGGAUGGAUCUCUUUACUAACAGAUUCAAGGAUCGAAUUGUGUCCAUGCCUCUGGACAAGGACCAUGAAGUAGCAGUUCAAGCCAUGAAACUCUUGAUGCUUAUGUCACAGAACUGUGAGGAUGUGUUAUCAGCUGAAGACUGUGAAAUGUUAUACCAGUUUGUUUAUACCACACACCGUCCACUCGCAGUAGCAGCUGGGGAAUUCCUUUAUAAAAGGCUGCUUAGUCAUGAGGGAGAUAAAGAAGUUCAGGCCAAAAGAGGAGGAAAGUUUGGGGCAAGUACUGACCAAUUGAGAAGAUUAAUAGACUUCUUCCUGGAGAGUGAGCUACACAAACAUGUUGCAUACUUAAUAGACAGCUUGUGGGAYUGGGCAGGCAAAUUCCUGAAGGACUGGGAGUGCAUGACAACUCUUCUAUUAAAAAAUACUGAAGAAAAUGGAGAAGCACUGAGYGAUGCCCAGGAAAGUGCUCUCAUUGAAAUUAUCCUUGCAACGGUCAGAGAAGCAGCUGAAGGUCAUCCUCCAGUGGGCAGAGGUGCAGCCAAAAAAAUUUUGUCAGUGAAAGAGAAGAAAAUACAAUUGGAAGAUUGUACCAAAAUUACAGAACACUUUAUUAUGGUGCUUCCUCAGCUUUUGGCAAAGUAUUCAACAGAUGCACAAAAAGUGGCAAAUCUUCUGCAGAUUCCUCAGUAUUAUGAUUUGGAUGUUUACAGUACGGGACAYCUAGAGAAGCAUUUGGAUGCUUUCCUGAGAGAGGUAAAAGGCAUUGUGGCCAAACACUCUGACAUGUCUGUCCUCGAGGCUUCCUCCAGGACUUAUCAUAUCCUCUGCAGUGARGAAAUUGCCAUCUAUAGCCAGGUGGAUUGUGCUCGAACUCAAYUGAUAGAUGAGUUGAUGGAACAGCUUAACCAGCUACUAGAUUGCUUCUGGCAAAAGGAAGGAGGAUUUUGUGCGGAUGCAGGAGAAAUUUCCCGGAUGCACUCUGCUUUAAGAAGAGUAGCAGCUUUUCAUAAUGCCCAUGAUCUCACCAAGUGGAAUCUGUAUGACAAAACUUUAAGGUUCUUAGUGUAUGAAAUGGAACAUGGGAGUUUGCCUGUUCUGAUUAUCCUGCCAGCUCUCCAGUGCACAUAUUUUUCUCUCCUGUGGCAACUAGCUGCAGUUUCGGAAAAUUCUCCCAAGGAGACUCUUUUUCCACUAAGAAAGGAGCUGAGACGUUUCAGUCAGAUUUGCACAURCUUCCUCCACCAUAAGGAAAAAGAYGUAAGAGAAAAGGCCUUCAUGAUACUCUGUGACUGGUUGCUGAUUUUGAGUCAUCAGGAUUUAAAUAAUAACGAAGAAGCAGUUGAACUYCUAAGUUAUCUUCCUAACACAUCACUUCAGGAAAAACUGCUUUCAUUUAUCCAGGAACACGUUUUCAUGGGUGACGAAGAGGAAAGAAAAGAUCUGACAGAAGAAGAAAAGGAUGAAGGCUGCAAACUUGAUGACUUGCACAAAAAGCGGAGUCUUCUUGCAGCAUAUUGCAAGUUAAUAGUGUAUAAUGUGGUAGAGAUGACUGCAGCUGCUGAGAUCUAUAAGCAUUAUGUGAAGACCUACAGUGAUUUUGGAGACAUAAUUAAAGAAACAUUAAGCAAGACGAGGCACAGUGACAAAAUUCAGAGUGCCAAGACACUGAGUCUCUGUCUGCAGCAGCUGUUUCAGACACAUGCAGAAAGCCAAGACAGCAGUAGUGGUUUGGACUUCUCCUCUGCUUCCUUUACAAACAUCAAAGAACUUGCUCGUCGCUUUUCACUAACAUUUGGUUGGGACCAAGUGAAAUCUAGAGAAUGUAUAGCCAUGAUACACAAGGAAGGGAUUGAAUUUGCUUUUCAAGGAGCUGCUGGAGUAGAUGGAAAAUGCUCGCCUCCUAACUUGAGCUUUCUGUUAAUCAUCAUUGAGUUUUCCAGCAAGCUGUUAAAGCCAGACAAAAGACUAGUGUAUGGUUACUUGCAGCGGUACAUAAAAGAGCCACUGUCCUGCAGAGGAGAUGAAUGGCAGCCCUUGGUCUGCUACAGAAACUCUUUAUUGGCAAAUGAAGAUGAGGAGAGCUCCAUCUUCGGCAGUUUGGGAGAGUGGCCCCCUGUGGGCUCAUCUAAGACAUCAUCUUUUAAAAGAAAAUUAUCUAACGGGUCUUUGCCUGAAACCAGCCAGACCGAAGCAGCAAGCAAAGCCCCAGAAGGGCAGUGUGCUUCCCAGUUUCCCUCUGCACCAGGGAAAAGCAGAAAGAGGCUGAAAUCUCGAGAGCUGCGCUUGCAGGAGCAUUUGCCAUUCCUUUGUCCAGGAGGGCUGCGCAGAAGAUACUGCAAAGAGGAGAUCAAGACAGAAGAUGUCUCCCUGCAGGGUCCARCAGAAGACACAAUUGAAGAUAUUGAUGUUGUUGGUACAGACCAGGAAGGAGCUCCUACUGAAGACAGAAGAAUUGAAAUCCAUGGACAAAGGCUGAAGCCAUACAGAAAAUGCACCACUUGACCAUGGUGCCUUUCCUGGACAGUUAAGACACUGAGAGGAUGAACAGAAGCGAAGCACACAGUUUUUUUUCUGCAAAUUCUUUGACAAUGGGGUGUGAGGGCAUCAAUUUAAUUGGCAGCAGACAUGGAUCAAAUUGUCUCUGUGCCUGUGGACAUCCACCCAGAACCAGUUUGCAGCACUGCAGUUGAUUUCUCACCAUUGCUGGGUGUUGCCGAGGUGGCUGCUGCAGUUCUAGAAUUGGGCAUUCUGAGCAUCGUUACUCAACCAUGCUGAUCAUUGAUGCCUAGGAAACACUCCCAGCUGAAAGAUUGGAAUCAGGGUAUUGACAAACACUGAAUCAAAGACGCUGUGAACUCUGUGAGACGAGCUUGUUUGAAUCAUGGGGCAGUGCUCUGCUGGACACGUUCUGUACUGUUUGAGAUGAUAACCCACUGGAGAUGUUUGUGUUUCCUUGUACCUGAUGCUGGGGAGAAAGGAGCCUGGCRCAGCUGUGAGCACUGUGACUGCUGGGUGAUGGCAAGUUCCGUAAAACRGAAACCCUGGAUCAGUCAUCUGACAGUAUUUCUAAAUUCCACCACUUAGAGAGAUGUGGUUAGUGGUCUGUAGGCAUCAGGACAUGUUCCUGGGAAACUUGUGUCAAGGCUUCGAAGUAACAAGGAAAGAAACAGCAGAGCAGCUGACUACUUUCCUUUGGAAGAACUCUUUGUACACAGUGAUCAUGUGGUGUUUACUUGGAAAAAGCCUGGAAAGACAAUGUAAAUAGACUGUAAAUAUGGCCAUUCAAAAGUAGGGGGUUUUGCAUUAAAAACUGGCAAAUGGUCUUCACUCAAGAGUGUUUCAGUGGCAGUAGGCUGGGGAGUGCUGGCUGCUUUCACUGACCCUUCUCACUGCUCCCUGGAAUUGUACAUUGCAGUAAUCAUAUCAGCUUUAUUUUUUAUAUAUAUAUAUAUAUUUUGGAUUGUAACUGUGUAAAAUAAACUACAGAACUAUUGCUAUCAAUUAGUACUGAAUGUGCAAGURCUUACUUCCACACCAUGUCUGGAGAAAGAAUGGCAGCAACAUGUGCUGGCCUUUCCAUUUGUUGUGUUAUUCCAUAGGCUGAGCAGGGAGCUCCCAUGAAGAUGGAMGUGAAAGCUGUGACUGUUGCCCAGGUAUUGGGAACACUGAAGUGGCCAGUGAACCCCUGACGUUUCCUUUUGCAUAGCUGGGUGUGCACACUGACACAAGGGGUGAGGUACCACUCCCCACAUAACGCAGUUCAAAGUCCCCUAUGAUUCAGUAAUACCCAUACCUGGGCUGGGGUACUGAUGCUUCCCUCUAGAAGGAAGGGUACUGGGGUAUUGAUAAUUCCCUCUACUGUGCUUCCCACAAAUCCAUCUAGAUUUGGAUCUAGRCCCAAGCACUCAUGAGGUAGGCAGAAUACGGCUUUACUAAGAAAAGUUAUACCUGGAACCACAUCAAGCACAUGGAUGCUUUAAUUUGUGUAAACAGUGGGCUGGGGAUGGGAGUUACCCUGCCAGGGGCAAGGUCCAGUAAUCCUUAGAAGUCAAGUGUUUUAAGAAAAAGGACUUCUACAAUAGCAGCAGGAUGUGUUCCACUUAGGAAAGAAGGGACUUGGUAUAAUAGAGAGUAGGAUUUAACAGGCACUUCA